AUGCAGGUUGUUGGAGCUGUUGGAUUCCAAAAUAAACGUCUAGAAAUUCCAGAAGAAAUGGAUCCAGUGGUAGCUCAAAUAAAGCUUUCGCGAUUUCGUCGUACAUGUGUUGCGACACUGAUUGCGGUCGUCGUGGUGUCAAUUAACCACAAUUUAUUCUUUUUCAUGAAAACGAGUGACAUUGUUGCCAAAUUCAAAGCCGAGGCAUCAUUGCUCCGGCUCACGAACGAAGACCUGAGUAAACAAGUAGAAGGUUUACAAACAAGCAGAUUAAAUGAAGUGGAGGAGCUAGCCUACUUGAGGUGGGUGAAUUCGUGUUUACGAACCGAGUUGAAGAAUUCGUGCUCAGCAUUGGAUUCUGAUAAGCCAUCUAGUCCUCAAUCUGUUGUGAGUAGUAGUGGAGAUUCUAUUAUUUCGUUCUCUGAUCAAUGUGGUAAUGCAAAUAGCUUUAAUUUGGUUAAGAAGCUGAAAAAGUGGCCAAUAACUAGUAGUGAUAAUUCGUCACAAGUUGAGUCCACAAGUAGUACUAGUAGUAAUCUCUUUGAGAAAAAUUGGGUUGAAUCAAUAUCUGAGGGAAGCAAUAGAAGAAGGCAUUCGAUUAGUGGUUCCAAUAGUUCGGAGGAAGAUAUUGUUGUAUUGAAUAAAAGAAGACAAUCUAAUUGUUUCGAUUCCCUUGAAUGUUUAAAAGAAACCGAAAAGGAAUUGGUGUCAUUGUCGUCAUUGUUUGUUCAGCAAUCUGUUAUGGAGAAGAGGCCACUGAGGAUUCCCAAUCCUCCUCCGAGACCUUCUUCAAGUUCUAUUUCUAGCAAAACAAAACAAGAAAACCCAGCUCAAGUUCAACCUCCUCCACCUCCACCUCCGCCUCCUCCACCACCUCCAAUGAGUUUUGCAUCAAAAAGUAACACGGCGAUGGUGAAAAGAGCGCCACAAGUGGUGGAAUUGUACCAUUCACUCAUGAAGAGAGAUUCUAGAAAGGAUUCUUCAAACGGAGGACUCGUUGAUGCUCCUGAUGUUGCAGAUGUUUGUAGUAGCAUGAUUGGAGAAAUUAAGAACCGUUCAUCGCAUUUACUUGCUAUAAAAGAAGAUAUUUAA